GGUAACACUGCCCCCAUAAAUUUCUCAAGCAAUCUCUCAGAAACACAAAGUAGGCUAGUAUGUAAAUAAAUUUUCUUUUUAAUAUGUAACGUUUUAUAAUUAAAGCGCUUAAUGUGUAUCGAGAAAAUUUAAGAAACGAUAGAAAUUUUGAGAUAACUACAAAAGGAAAAUCAAAUGAUUAAAAUAGAAUGUAAAAUUAAGAAGACUGAUGUAUCAAAUGAACAAGAUGAUAAUAUAAAAACAACCUACUUUACUAUGGAUAAAAAAUAAAAUUUGUUAUAAGAACCAUAACUGAAUGAAUAAAUAUAUGAUUUAUCAAUGCUGAUAGAAAUUUAAGAAGAUGCCAACAAUAGCCAGUUCCUCUUUAACAUAUGAAAUUCUUAUGUACCUUAAUUCUUUUUAUUUUGGCAUGUUUGCUAUAUGUGAAUUAGGCAUGGGAUUUUUUAAAGCUGCAAAUCUGCCUUCACCUGGUACAAGCACGACACUGAUAGAGUUUGCAUUGUUGUUUUUCCUCAUUGUCACAGAAGGUGCUAGAAUUUAUCUUGGAAGAAAAGGAAAUUUGACAGAGCACGGGUUACCAAUUCUUAUUGGAGUUAUUUUGACCGUACCUAGCGCCUUAGCGACAUUGUAUUUUUUAAUCUGGCAAAAUUAUGUACUUAGACUAGAAGUAAUUCUUUGUAGCAUACAACUGGUACUCCUAGCAUCUGAAUUAAUCAUUUCAAUUUUGUGCCUUAUAGCUAUUUAUCGACCAUCGCCUCCCGACGAAUAAACAGACCUAUUAAAAACGUUUAAAAAGUUAAUAACAUUGUAUACUGUGUUUCUCUGUAUAAGUAAAAAUUAAAAUUGUUUUGAUGUAA